AUGGAACUUCCCCUGCUGUGUGCACUGGUGGUGUUUGCUGGUGUGACUCCAACCCAGGGCGGGAUUCUGAACCUGAACAAGAUGGUCAGCCAAGUGACCAGGAAGACAUCCAUCACCACCUAUUGGCCCUACGGCUGUCACUGUGGACUUGGUGGCAAAGGCAUACCCUUAGAUGACUCAGACUGGUGCUGCCACGCUCAUGACUGCUGCUACGCCCACCUGAAGUUUCACCGUUGUCGUUACCACACGGACAAUUACAAGUACAGCUUUUCCGAGGGGGACAUCCAGUGCUCUGACAAAGGGAGCUGGUGUGAGCAGCAGCUGUGUGCCUGUGACAAGGAGGUGGCCUUCUGUCUGAAGCGUAACAUGGGCACCUACAAGAAGAAGCUGCGUUUCGCCCGUUUCUCCAGGUCCCGCUGCAGGGGCCAAACUCCCAUGUGCUAG